GUCUUUCCCAAGGAAGUCCUGCAGGCUGCACCAUCCUGCACUGGCAGGAUGCAGACCUUGCUGCUGCAAGCGAAGCGUUCUCAAUGUACUCAGGCAGGGGCGACGUUAUCUUUCGGUUGAGCACUCUUCCAAUGGGGUGAGUCUCAUCUCAGCCGGUUGCAUGCUGAUCGAGGCUUAAAAAAAAUUUUGCGGGAAGUGCGUAAGAGUUCGGAUGCUAUGGCUGGCAGCAGCUAUGCUCGCCAAGUGGUGGACGCCCUUUCCCCGAGGACCCCCCCACCAUUGCAGGCGUCAUCGCCACGCUCCAUGAGGCACCAGGAAGUGGUAAGCUCUGCUUGGAGCGCCCGCUUGUGUUGGUUGGCCCUGCACUCGGCUGCCAUUGGAGUGGUCUGUGUUGUGGAUUCGGACCUGUCGAGGUCUUGGCGAGAAGGGAACUACUGGUUCUUAGGCUCCUACCUGCUUCUACUCUCUGCCACUGUCUCCAGUUACCUUUACGUGUGCGGCUCGUCUCCAGGAUAUGUUGACGAGGUUAUGAAAGAGGUCCGGACCUGGGGGCCUCCAGAGGAUUCCCCCCUGAGCCCACGCAGAAGCCUAGUCCUUCAACGGGCCGGCGGCAGCGGCCAGUUUCGAGACUCGAGGACCCCUACCCGGCACGCGUCCCUUCUGAACCUUAGUGAAGUCCCUAGCAUGUACGAUACCGCUCGCCUCGGCAUCAUGAGUCCCCAGCCUGCGAAGCGGGGACUCGCGCAAGGAGAAGCGGUGGUUAGGACGAGCUCGGAACCGCGGGAAUCAAGGCGAGCGCCGCGCGGUGACACCGUGACGGAGCUCCUGUGCGACGGGGCCUGCGCAAACGGCCACUCGGGGCGGGACUUAGAGAAGGGCGCGCCGAAUCUGGCGGACCGAACUCUGGCGUUCAAGAAGCCUGGCGAAAUGGUGGUGAAUAUUUCGGGGGCGCGAUUGGUUCCGGGGGGGGCGGAAGCGGGGGAAAGGAGCCCCCUGCUGGGGAAGAGCAGGAGCACGGGGCGCUUGGAGGAGAAUGGGGGGACGUCGACGCCGAAGUCGCCGUCGUUGAGUCGGUAUAACAGCGGCAAGCGGUGCACGUACUGCGGCGUGUGGCAGCCGCUGCGCACGAAGCACUGCCACGAGUGCGACCGCUGCGUGCUGCGCUUCGACCACCACUGCUUCUGGGUCGGCACCUGCGUCGGCUACCGCAACCACCGCCGCUUCUGGUGGUACCUCUUCUUCCAGUCCUGCCUCGGCGUCUGGACCGUCGCGAUCAACGUGUCGGCGCUCGACUGGAACGACCAAACCGAGGGCUGGUUCUCGUUGAACGUGUUUAUGAUCCUGGACACCAUCACGUUGAUAUGCUUCCUCAUCUUCCUCGUCGCGUUGCUCGUCUUUCACGGGUACCUGGCUGCGACUGAUCAAACAACUUACGAAACCACCAGGCGAAAACGAAUAGCAUAUCUUAGGCCUCUUCCGGACAACGUGUCGCCCUUCAGUAAAGGGUGCGCCACUAACCUCGCCAGAUUUUGCUGCGCGAGCACGUCAAACGUGCCAGUGUACGAGCUGCCGAGCCUUGACGAGUUGCGGGAGCGGUCCGUGACGUCAACUUGGCUCGAGAACGACUACUAUAGCUGUUGCUGACUAAGGCCGCCUUUGUAACAUUACCACCACAUACUUAAUCAUAGCCCGCAUAUAGACAAACAAGAAGCAAGCGAAAAAACACGGAUCUACCUGGAUGCCUAUUUCCGGAUCUGAAGGGUGUUGUCUCCUUUCUCCAAAGGUCAGACGGCUCUGGAAUCAUGA